GGUUAUGCCACAUCCACCACACCUCACUCUACCGCGACGGAUCCCGCCGAAGUAGAAGCUCUGAAAUGCCUUGAGCAAGGAACUCUAAAGCUUGAGGAAGGGGACGUCCAGGCAGCCAAGGAUCUGUACAAAAGAAGCAUAGGCAUCAAGAAAAAUGCGAGCUCGCUUUUCAACUAUGGUGUCACCUGCUAUCACCUAAAGGAAUUUGACGAAGCAAUCGAAGCGUGGAAAGAAUCUAUCGCUCUACAGCCAUCUAGUCCGGACGCUCACACAAAUUUGGCGAGCGCCUACAUAAUAUCUCCAGUUGCGCGGCCGGACCUAGCCCUGCAUCAUCUACAGCACGUAACUUUCUCUUCAUUUGUCUCCCAUCCCGCUUCAUUGGCUCCGGAGGAUCCUGAGAUAGCCUUCAACCUGGCCGCUGUGCUGGAAGCCUGCGGUCGCCUGGAAGAUGCCCUUGUUCAAUACAAGCGAAGCAAAGACUUCGGUGUCGAAAGGGCCGCAAUGCAUAUUCGUAACGUGAGUGCAAAGAUUCUCGGGAAAAAGAUGAACGAGGCCUCGCAGAAACAGGCGGCCGAACACCAAGGAAAUGACGACAAGGGCUCAGACGAGAAGCCUUAA